AUUAGCUGGGAUCAGUCCAUCGCAAACCGUGCCAUCGAGUGGAAGUGGAUUAUUGGCAGAGUGAAGUGCAUCGAAGAUACAAAGACAAUCAAUUCGGACCGAACAGAAUUGACUUUAGGCAUAUCACGUAUACGCCCGGUAAACCAGACGAAUAUCUAAAAAUGUCGUUUAGGAAGAGCUUGUUGAGCUGCCUGCUGGUCAGCACAAUCCUGGUGUUGCACCAGGUCCAUGCGGAUAUCGAGACAAACGAAGUGGAUACCUCAGAUGUGUACAGGCUGCAGGGCGUUCUUGUAUACCCCAACGAUCGACAGUGCGUUCUGGUGGGUGGACUGUGUGUUAAAACGGAUGACUGCAACGAACCCACCACGAACAAGGGAUUGUGUCCUACGAGUGCCAGCCAGGGCGUGGAGUGCUGCUACGAACUGCCGGUCAGACCAGCGCCCUGUGCGGAACACUUGGGACAGUGCAUGGACCGAUGCCACCAGAGGCUCCUGCGACCCGGUAACGAUUGCGAGAAUGGCCAAGUCUGCUGUGUCCUGAUUUAGUUAUACUUAACCACACCAAACACAUACCCCAGCAGAGGGGGAACAUCACCAAGUAGUUCUGUACUACGUUUCUUGCAAGUCAACGUGGCCUUUCAAAAAUGUAUAGGGUAUUUCCUGGUCUUAUUGAGGUCUUCUAGAGUAAAUCAUUAUUAAUACAGAAGUUUAUCUUACUGGAAAGAGUUAAAAAUAUAAUAUUUUCCCUUUAAAAUGUCAUAGUUAGUUGAUACUGUAAUCAAGCUAUGGUAGAUGAUUUGCAAAAUGAAGUAUAAAUAACUAAUUUGGUUAUGCUGUUUCUCUGUAUACACCCACACACACACACACACACACCGUACAUAAACAUGUAUUUAUUUAACUAUAUGUAUAUUAAUUAUAUUGUACGAAUAAUUUUGUAUGACAUCUUAAGCGCCCCAAUCUCCCGACAAAGUGAAAUAUUUGACUGCUUCCAAUAAAUGCAUUGUAAAUAUUUUCCAAA